CGUUCCAUUUCCGUUCCGUUUCCGCUCGGCAAACAUUUAAAUGGCUACCAGCUGCUACUUAUGAUGGAGACAUUCCUCGUCCUGGGCCUGUGUUUCAUCCUGUACGAGGCAUUGGAUUUCUUUCAGGGCUGCAUCCACAGUAAUACCCCAUCGCCGAGCGACCAAAUCGAGGCCUAUCGCCGCGAACUCGACGAACAGCGCCAGCAGCAGCAGCAGGAGCAGUUCCUCGCCGGAUUGACGCCUCUGCUGGGCGCUCAAUUUGCAGCCGCCGCCGCCGCAGCCGCGGCCGCUGCCGCCGGUUCGCAGUCGACGCUGGGCAGCACGACCACGCCCACCGCCUCCACGGCCAGUGUUAUAAGUGAUUCGUACGAUCAGGAAUCGCAAUCCCAAUCGCAAUCCCAGUCGCAAUCCAAUCAGAAUCAACAUCAUUCUUUGAGCACUCCCGGUCUGUUUCGUCCCGCCGCCUUGGGAUAUUACGAUCCCGAGGAUCCGCUGCAUGCCACCAACUCGCUGCCCCGCGACUACUACUAUCUGCAGCAGCAGCAGCUGAAGAAUAAAGUGAGCUCGAGAUCGCUACUCUCGAAAUUCUCAUCGACCAACUCGGAUAAUCGCAUUCAUCCGGAGGCGGGAGCCGGUUCGGGACAUCAUCACAGUGUCCUGGGACAGGCGGCUGUGAUAACCAGUCAACCUUUGCCCGGUGGCGAGAUACCCUCGAGUCUCUUCGAUCAGCCGGGACAAGCGGCUGUGGUGGUGCCGCCAUUGCAGCUGCAAUCGCCGCUAUUUGUGGAGCUAAAGAGGGCUAUUAUAAGCCAGAAUCAGAAUAAAAAUCACCAGAGAUCCGAGCAGAAAGCGGAGCCCGAGGACUCACAGUGUCCGCAGUGCGAGGAGGAGCAGCAGAUACAAUAUCUGGCCGAGAAUCUAGACGAUCUUGUAGAGUCCGAGGAGCAGCAGUAUUCGCCAGGUGAAGAGGACGAGGAGGAGGAGGACGACGACGAGGAGGAGGAUCAGGACGAUCGGGAGGAGCAGCACUCGUACGUGGGAGGAGCCACCAGUGAGCCGGAUAUUUGUGCGGCCACGCGACAACAGCUGUUGACCAGGAUCCAUCACAUCGCCAUCGACGACAUCGCCACCGGACAGGAGCAUCUGCAUCAUCACCUCAGCGUUGCGGGAGAAACGACACUAAGCGCCAAUUCGCACGCCGACUUCAGGGAAAUCGAGUGCGAGCGACUGCGACGCAAGUGCGUUAGCGUUAAGCGCAUCUAUAGCAUAUCGGAAAAGUUCUAAUUCAGAUCAGAUCACCACUCAGAAUCAAUUCGAUAACUCAGAUAUCAUACCUGUACAGCCCUACUCACCAUAUUGCACUUCAAUCGAUCUCAAAAUAUAUCGAAAAUAUCGAAAAGAAAAGCCAAUCGAAAUCAAAAAUCGCCUAAAUCAAAAAGAAAAAAAAAA